AUGGUUGGGAACAACAAAAGAUUUCCUGGUAUUAAUCCAAUCAAUCAAUUCCGCGGCACUACAGGACGUUCUUUGGGGGCGCACAGAUUUAUUCAAGGAGGAAGAAAUCGGAGUCGCUCCCCAUUGAAAAAUGGCAGAAGAAGCUUGAGAAGGAACCAUUCCUCCCGACACGGCGGAGAAAUUCCAGAGACUCCUCAACAUUCACGUCAUGUUCCUGAAGCACAGCAUGCACAAAGCAGACGUCUUCCAACAAAUAGCAGGGAGGCUUUUUCGUCGAUUUGGGGUCCCGCAGAUGAUCGGGGAAUAUUGUCCAACUCUUCAACGGACAGCAUCCGCUUGGGGUCUCAGUUACCAGUACCGGUAGUCAAUGACAGUCCAAUUGAGGGAGCUGCUGAGGAGAUGAUGUUCGAUAGCAAUGGUUCGUUAAUAUCUGACCAUAUUGCGCCUUCGACCGAAAUACCCGAAACUUCUGUGGAUUUACUCGGCUGUCAACCAAUAGAUGAUGUGAACUGGACCACGGUCGCAAGAAGUGCUCGCUUAGGUAGCAGCGUCGAUACAACUCUCUCUGAUCAACAUUCUGCCACUUCGAGCUUAACAUCUAAUAUUCGAGAGUAUCUUGCGGAGCAAUUGCCCCAUACGUUGCGACGCUUGUACUAA